GAGAGAGAAGAAACUCUUGAAUGUUGUUGUUCUUGUUGUUAGCUGAAGCGCCCGCCAUUGCCAUUUGCCAAAGAAAGUGGUGAAGAAGAAGCUCUUUUGCUCUGAAAAUCCAACUUCAGUAAACCAUAUUUUUUUAUUUUGUAGUAUUUCUGAGUCAACAUCAUGGUUCAGCUAAUGAGAUCUGAUACGGAUAGUCACUGCUUGAAGAAGGUGAAGUUGGAGACACAAGAUGAAAUUCCCCAUCUUCAUACCCACAAGCGACCCAAAUUGGAUUCUAACUCCGAGCUUGCUUCUGGUGAUGAUUCCAUUCCGAUUCCGUCAGCUUUAUGCAAUCCCUUGGAUGAGCCAAGCCCGUUGGGUUUGCGUCUCAGGAAGAGUCCAUCCCUUUUGGAUUUGAUUCAGAUGAGGCUCUCUCAACAAGAUGAUGACAGAAAGAAAGAUCACAAGGGUUCAUGUACUGGUGUGGAUUCUAAACUCAAGGCCUCCAAUUUUCCUGCUACGGUUUUGAAAAUUGGGACUUGGGAGUAUAAGUCUAGAUAUGAAGGAGACUUAGUGGCAAAAUGUUACUUUGCAAAGCAUAAGUUGGUAUGGGAAGUUCUCGAUGGUUGUCUUAAGAAUAAGAUUGAAAUCCCAUGGUCUGAUAUCAUGGCUCUCAAGGCAAACUACCCUGAGGAUGGACCGGGAACGCUGGAAGUAGUGCUGGCAAGAAGACCCUUGUUUUUCAGGGAGAUCAAUCCACAACCAAGGAAACAUACCUUGUGGCAGGCAACAUCAGACUUUACUGGUGGAGAAGCCUCUUUACAGAGGCGACAUUUUCUGGAGUGCCCACAAGGAUUGUUAGGCAAGCAUUUUGAGAAGCUUAUUCAGUGUGAUCCCCGUCUCAAUGUUUUAAGCCAACGAUCGGAUUUGGUGUUGGAUUGUCCGUAUUUUGAACCUGGAACUAUUCAUGACCACAUUGAAUCCAGUGAUGGUUUUGAUAGAAAAAGCGAAGAGGGAGCUGGUUUUUUUGGAUUGCAGGAUGUGGAAUCAGGAUCUGCUGUUCAAUCAUCUUCCUCAAAAAGUGAACAUAAUCUUGUGGGGAAAGCUGUUGAAAAUGUUUCCCAAGAAAUUACCUCACCUAGCUCAGUGAUGAACUCCCGUGCAAUCAAAGAUUUCAAGAGUAGAGGAGCUGAAACAUUGAAGUUUCUUAGUAAUUUGGAUCAGAUCAAAUUGCCUGGACUUCACCCUUCUAUGUCAAUGGAUGAUUUGGUAAACCACAUCGGACAUUGCAUUUCAGAACAGAUGGCAUCUGACAAUUCCAACUUAGCUGGUGACAGCCAACAUAGCAGAUCUAUUCUGGAAGAAUUUACCCAAUACUUGUUCAAUGACUCUCAACUCACAACAGCCUCUGAUGAACAGUUUGUCAUGUCAAGGGUGAACUCACUAUACUGCCUUCUGCAGAAGGAUCCUUCAACAGCAGAAGACACAAUGAUUAGGAAUAAUGAUAAUGGUCUUGACGUAAAUGAGAGUGCUAAAGUUGGUCAGAGUAACUCCACUCAAUUGUCAUCAUGCAAGAGUAAAGGGGUUGAUAUGGAAGGCCAGCAGGAUGAUGGUUCUGACUGCAAGCAAGGAGGAACUGGCAUGUCCAGGAAGGAAUCAGCUGGCGAUUUGCUUCUUAAUCUUCCAAGGAUUGCAUCUCUGCCACAGUUUUUAUUUAACCUGUCCGAGGAUUCUGUUAAUCAAGUUAGAUAGUAAUGUUCUACCUAAGCUUUCAAGCAUCACAUAAUACAUUAUGUAGUCUUCAACAGUGUGAAUAUUAUAUGUGCAGCCGGUUACUCGAACUCAGUGGGAUUCAGAAAUUCACAUUGAUGAAGAAUCCCAACAGACAUAAUGGGACACUUUGUAUUUUCAGUUUAACAAAAUAAGAUAAAUUUGGGUAGAA